AUGGCGCCAAAGCUUUGCGUCAUUUGCAAUGCAGAGCGUGCCGUCCUUCGACGACCCAAAACUGCCCAGCAGAUCUGCAAAGAAUGCUUCUUCUACGUCUUUGAAACCGAAGUCCACCACACCAUUGUCUCCAGCAACCUCUUCAAGCGUGGUGAUCGGGUCGCUAUCGGUGCAUCGGGUGGUAAAGAUUCCACCGUCCUGGCACACUGCAUGAAAGUCCUCAACGAGCGAUACGACUACGGGCUUGACCUGUUCCUUCUCUCCAUCGACGAAGGUAUCACCGGCUACCGAGAUGAUUCGCUUGAAACAGUGAAACGCAACCAGCAGCAGUACCAACUCCCACUCAAAGUGCUUGGCUAUGGAGAGCUGUACGGCUGGACGAUGGACGAUAUUGUCAGAUCGGUUGGCCGCAAAAACAACUGCACCUUCUGCGGUGUUUUCCGCCGUCAAGCACUCGACCGAGGAGCGGCCGCUCUGGGGGUGGACCAUAUUGUGACCGGUCACAACGCAGAUGAUGUCUCCGAAACAGUCCUCAUGAACGUUCUUCGAGGUGACAUCGCCCGCUUGGAACGUUGUACAGAAAUCGUCACCAAAGGGCCAUCCGACGGGCUGGAGGACCCGGAGCAUGAGGGCUGCGGAUCUUCAGGUUCCAACAACCUCGGCGUUGGCGGAAGCGGCAUUCGUCGAAGCAAACCUUUUAUGUAUGCAUACGAAAAGGAAAUUGUCAUGUACGCAUACUUCAAGAAGUUGGAUUACUUUUCCACCGAAUGCAUCUACUCUCCGAACGCUUACCGAGGUUAUGCUAGGACCUUCCUUAAGGAUCUAGAGGCUAUUCGACCAAGUUCGAUCGUCGACAUCAUUCAGUCAGGACAGAAUCUCAAGAUCAGUACCGUGGUGAAACAGAGCAAGAAGACAGAACUGCAGAAUUGCGCGAGAUGUGGGUAUAUCUCGUCGAAUAAGACUUGCAAAGCUUGCAUAUUGCUGGAGGGGUUGGAGAAGGGAACACCACAGUUGGGGAUCGGAAGUGAGAAGUCCAGGAAGAUCAAAGAUAUCAGACAGGAGAUGGCGAGUAAGGAUGCCAACGGUGCAAAGGCAGAGGUAGUUGCAGUUGCAGGGCAGCAGAAGACGGUGAGAAGGAUUCCACAGUGGACCGGAGUAGCGAAAGAUGCACCGCCAAUCAGCUCGUUACCGUUUGUACCGCCUCAGCAGCGUAAGGUUGAUCUUUCUUUCUGA